AUGCUGAGAACGACUUCAGGACUAGCUCGGUUCUCCGCCCGUCGCGGAUACGCCUCGGCGUCGCCCGCCAAGAUCCUGGUGGGUCUGAACGUGCGAGCAGACCGAUUUGACGGCGACCAGAAGGCCCUUGCCCAGGAGCUGGCCGUCAACUCCGAUCUGGGUGAGGAGGACACAGACGCUAUUGCUGCCAAGUACACGGAGCGAAUCAAGGCCAACGCCGUAAAGCCCAUUGCUCCCGAGACCGCCGAGGGCCAUGCUCGACAGUGGAUUGCUCUGUUGGACGACAUCAAGGCCAAGAGCAUGUCGACCGAAAAGUUUGAGGGUAAGGACGCUCUGGACAUGCAAAAGUUCCGAGAGACGCUGGACAAGUACCGACAGGAGAGCACUGUUUCCGGCUUCUUCAGCGACGUUUCCGCCAACAAGGUCGACCCCAUGGCGCUCAUCGACCCCACUUCUGAGUCGCAGUUUGAGCAGGUCAUCACCGGCAAGAACGGUAAGAAGGCUCUGUUUGUGCCCACCGAGGAGCAGGUGGCCGAGGCUGAGGCUCUCAAGACUGCGCCCAUCCCCAACAAGGUCGACGGCGAGUUCGAGGCCCAUCUGAUCAAUAUGAUCAUGAAGCAUGGCCGAAAGAACGCUGCCCGACGGCACUUUUACCAGGCUAUGGAGCUCGCUCAGGUCAUGAUCAAGGCCGACCCCAUUCCUCUGCUCAAGCAGGUCUUUGAUGACGUUGCCCCCGUCUGUGUCAUCAAGUCGACCCCCGUUGGUGCUCGAAAGGUCCAGUACCCCGUUCCCAUCACCGAGCGACAGCGACGACGAAUAGUGUGGAAGUGGUCCGUCGACAACGCCGAGAAGCGGCCCAACCGAUCAUUCUCGGUCCGACUCGGAGAGGAGAUAGCAUCCGUCAUUAAGUCCAAGGGAGCGUCGCUCAUGGAGAAGACCCUGGUCAUCCACAACCUCGCCGUGGCCAACCGAGUCCAUGCUGACCCCAGCCGACCCCGAAAGUAG